CGCCAUACAUAAGCGUCGCAUGUCGCCUUCGCCAUGCAUACAAUCAAUUCCACUCUCCCAGUCGCCACCUGUGUGUGAACGACGUCUGGCAUCUCUUCGAGGGGCUAAUUUCAAAUCCUGCUAGUUUCAAAACCUAUUUGUCAGACAAACGUCCUCCGCUAGUAAGCUGGCACAAGCUAGGCUUGGAUUGGGUAGCAUCCAACUUCAAGACUCGGUUUCUCACUCACUGAGAGGCCACCACUACGACCAGUAGCAGCAGUAGUAGUUGCGUUGGUGGGCGUAUAUGCCAUAGGCUUGCUACUCCCGUUACCAUCCCCCUGAAUACUUACGUCUUUUAGAAAGCUGCGGCGUCUCUCGAGCACGCAGCAGAGGUUGCUUCCAGUCGUUUUCUCGAAUACUUGGCUCUGAUUCAUACUUUCUAACGCGCGUUGUGACACUCGCGGCGUGACACCGACGGUCAAGAUGAACGGCUGGUUCUCCCCUAACUUCGGAUCCUCGCCGUCGUCGCCCGGGCUAGCGAGACUCGCAUCGUCCAACAGCGACGGCGAAUUCUUACUGGCGGAUUUAAUCGCCGAGCGCAAGAAACUCACCCCGUUCAAGCUCGUUCUGCCGCACUGCUCGCGUCUCCUGGAGGAAGAAAUCGCGCGGCUGACGUCGCUCAACUGCUCGUCGUCCUGCACGGACAACGACAGCCUAUCCAACGCCGAGCAGCUGUUACCCGACCAGCUCACUUCGCCAAAGUCACAGCACAACCUUUCGCCUGGCCCCUCGCCUUUCGAUGGGGGCACGUGGUCGCCACUCCCUAACGAGAUUGAGCCAUCGUUUUCCCCGCUGGUGAUGCAUCCGCCGCCUCCGCCGCCUCCGCCAAUCAGUCAGCCACUUCCGCCACUCCCCGGCUGGGCCCCUCCGCCAGCACCCGGCGGAGGCGCAGGGGGAAUGGGGGGAGGAAUGGGGGGCGGAAUGGGAGCGGGAGGCGCAGGGAGAACAGGGGGCGGAAUGGGUGGCGGAAUGGGCGCGGGAGGCGGAGGGGCAUUGGGGGCGGAAUGGGGGGCGGAAUGGGGGGCGGAAUGGGCGGCGGAAUGGGCGGCGGAAUGGGCGGCGGCGGGAUGGGCGCGCCGAUAGUGAAGAAGAUGCAGCGGGUGAACGUCCCCGUGGAGCGCUUCCCCGCGUACAACUUCGUGGGGCGCCUGCUGGGCCCGCGGGGGAACUCCCUCAAGCGCGUGGAGGCGCAAACCGGCUGCCGAGUGCUGAUCCGCGGACGCGGAUCUAUCAAAGACCCGUGCAGGGAAGAGCGUCUACGUGGCAAGCCGGGCUACGAGCACCUCUUCGACCCGCUCCACGUCAUCAUCGUCGCGGAAUUGCCGGCGGAUAUCGUGGACUCGCAGCUGGGCGAGGCGUGCGAGAUCGUGCACGAGCUGCUCAAACCAGUGGACGACUCGUACGACUUGUUGAAGCGCGCUCAGCUUCGCGAACUCGCCGUGCUGAAUGGGAUGCCUGAACACAGCACAGGCGGCUGGCGAACCGGACCUGGUUACCCGCCUCGUUCAUCUCCGUUUGCAGACACCGCUUCUUCAGGUUUUAAAGGAAUCUGCCAUUAGUGAGGUGACACAAAAUUUAGGACAACCACGCUGAAGUCAUGGAUGCCAUGACACAUCGUGUUGUAUUUAUUCAACCAUCCAUCUCCAGCAUAGAGACUGUUCGAAGUUAGUAUAAUAAGCGCUAUUAGCUAGCCUCUGAUUGCUAUGCUUUGAAAUUA